AUGCUUCAGUCUUUUCUCACCGCAUCACCCAUCAUCCUGACGGCUCGCAUGCAGGAAUUGUUCAAGCGAUCACAGUCGGUGACAGGGGAUAAACUGAAUUUGGAGUUUGAUGUCAGCAUUCUGGUAGUGGGGGUUUUGAAGGCGCCCGAGGGCUUCCAGGUUCCCAGUGAGAUCCUCGUCAGAGGUUUUGUAAUGCCAACAAAAAAUAACAAACCCGUCGGCCCGUCUGGACGUCUCAGAGAACCGACUUACAGUCGAUUUGGAUGUAUGGAGUAUUUCCGCACGAAUGCGGCCUACACUCUGAUGCUAAAAGUUGGCCAGCCGAGAAACGAUUGGCCGAGCACUCGUGUCGAGUUAAUGGAAUUUGACCUAGUGGGACCACUGUUGCCCUUCGAUACCUAUUACAAUCGUCACAUCCUCGACCUCCUAUGUGUCAACUGCUGUAAGUUUACUGAAAACUGUUCAUUUUAA